UUGACACAUACACUAAAGUUGGAUGUUGGAAUUGUAUUGUUUUUUUUUUAAUUGUGAACUGUUGUGAACUUUAAAUUUUAAAGACUUCCGCAUAUUAAAUAAGUGAUUUACGAAUAUCAAACGGAGGGUCUAGUGUAACAAUCAAGAUGGCAACUUUGAAAUCCGAUUUGGAUGACUAUUUACUACAAAAUGAGAAUCGAAGAAGCUACAAGUUCAACUUACCUUUUUCAACUUCGAACUUUUUCACACGAAGCAACGAAGAGACGCCCACCAGCACGACCACUACUAGUUCUUGGUUCGAUGAAGUGCAAAAGGAAUACUUUACCCUUACCCGAACGCAGCGGUUUAUGGGUUUUGGAAUUUGUCUAUUCUUCGGAAUUCUAUGCUUUAUUCUGUCAUUUUUGUAUAUACCCAUACUUCUACUACAAGCAAGGAAGUUUGCACUACUUUUUACUCUAGGAAGUUUAUUCUUCAUAUUUAGUUUCAGUUUCCUCUGGGGUCCAUGGUCGCACCUCAAGUCAAUGUUCUCUAGAGAGAGAGCGCUCACAACAUCGCUCUACGGAUUCACGUUAUUCGCAACAUUGUACUGCGCAUUGCAUCUCCAAAGCACGCCUCUCACCGUGAUCUGUGCCGUGGGCCAGGUCCUAGCUCUCAUGUGGAUGAUGAUGGGCUCCAUACCUGGUGGAUCCUCGGGAAUGAGGUUCUUCGGCAGCAUGUUCAAGUCAUCCGUGUCAAAUACUUUACCGAUUUAACACAGGCAGUGUAGACGAGAGUGGACGCAGUGUAUAUUGUGAUUAGUUUGGACGUGUGUGAAAAACAGUUGCCUUACGUUUUUAAUAUGGUAUAUUUUAUGUGUAUAAAAUCUUUUAAAUAAUGUAGCGAAGAUCAAUUUUAAAAUGUUCGACUUGCCUUACUUAUUUACUGAAUCUACAGUUCUAGAAUUCUAGAUUAAAAUGAGUAUUAUAUAUUAUUGAAAA